AUGGCUCUAGUUACUCAUUCUCAUCAUCACAAGACUGAUCUUCACAACAACAAUUCAGAUUCUAUGUCCCAAGAUUAUCAUCACCACCAAGGAAUAUUUUCCUUCUCUAAUGGAUUCCACCGAUCAUCAUCGGUUUCUCAUCAAGAAGAAGUUGAGGAAUCCGCCGUCUCCGGAGCUCCUAUUCCGGUUUACGAAACCGCCGGAAUGUUGUCUGAAAUGUUUAGUUUCCCUGGCGGCGGUUCCGGCGAGGCUCCUGUCUCCGGUCAGCAUUUAUUGUGCAGCCGUUGA